CCCACACUCCCACUUACCCCCUUCCUCUCGCUAGAGUACAGGAGGCAGGGCGUGGCGGCCAUCCUCGGCGCCAUGGCCAUGGUGGCAGCCAUCCACCACCUCCCCGGCGACCUACAAGUACCCCCCCCCCCCUUGGUCGAACCCUAACCUCUCCUCCCUCCCCCUCGCGCCGUAGCUCUUACCCUCGCAGACGCUCGAGCCCGCGGCGCAUGGUCUCCGACGUCCACGUGCCUACCGAGCUCCCCGCGCCCAACCACCUCGUCCGCGAGCUUCGUCGACGUCCACUCCUUCGACUACAUGCACCAAUUGGAACCGGGAGCCCCUGCAUCGACGGGAUCGACGCCUUCUUAUUCCUCGGGCACCACCGCCUCCGCCGUCGAUCCGCCGCCUUCGCUGCUCCUAAGCCAUCGCCGAGCCACCCUUGUGCUCCCCGCAAAAAGCUACAUCCAGCACUGCCGGCGAUGGAGACAACGUCCUGCGGUGCUGCAUCCAGGGCUCGCCGGCCACCACGGUGAUCGAGAUGUUACGACGGUGAGAUUUGACCGACGAGCUGCGGCAUCAGGCGUGAGCGGCGACGAGCACGAUGGCGAGCUAUGGCCCUCGCCAUCGAAAUUGCAAUCGUCGCCACCGGAGCUACAACCACGGGUGCCGAUGUUACAUGCGUGGAGCUGGCCACCGGCGGCGACGGCGACGGCGAUCAUCGACGACGGUGACGAUCAACGGCGAGGGGCGGCGACCGGCGGUGACCAUCGGCGGGGGGCCGCGACCGGUGGCGACCGGCGGUGACCAUCGGCGGGGCGGCGACCGGCUCCUUUUUUCCGCUGUGCUCGCGAGAUUCAUUUUUUUUAAGAAAGGAACUGCAUGAGAGCCCAAUCUGACGGCAACACAUGCUUGCAUCGAAGGGUUGGGGCUCGACCGGCUGAAACGGUUCGGCCGGUGCGCCGGCGCCUAUAAGCGCCCUUAAUUAGUCUAAUAUAUGCCAAUGACAUGCAGGAUCCAUUGUUAGAUUAAGAAAAUAAAACAAACCUAAAAAUGUCUAAGUCAAUGACAAGUGGACCAUCAGGCUACUUAAUCUAUUUAACUAGAAUAGUUUAGUUGCUUCCUGUGACAUGUGGGCCACGCCCUGCCCUUUUCACCAGUCAAGUUGACUUGGUCAAUUCGGUUUAAAUAAAUGCUGAAAUUUCAGAAAAUUGUAUAAAGUUUGAAAAUUAAUAGAAAAUAAAUCGUAACUCGGA